UUUUUUUUUGGUUUACUGUUCAUUCUCUCCCAGGAUCAUUCAUCCUCUCUCCCAGCUCUUGGCAAAUUUGGCCCACCUCUCUGGUUUCUCCAUCUCUCUCCACCGCACAACCAGACCUCCCAGCUUUCUUAUACCUCCUCCAAUAGCUCCCCCUCUCUCAACCUCACCCUGCAAGCACUUAGACUACCCUUAACCUCUCCAGUCGAGGCUCUCAAUCUCCAUCUCUUUCUCAACCUCUCUCGGACUCUACCUGAGCACCAUCUCUAAAAAACCAGCUCUCACUCAAAUUCUCUCCCUUUUUCUAGUAUUUCUCGUAGACCACCCGAACACAGCAACACCACCAACGGCAGAGAGUUCCAUCGUCACCUACCACCCGAUCACCAACCACACCAGCAACUCCACCUCUCCUCUCUCGGGUCCCCUUUGCAAGCCCCCAUGGCUGUGACCACCCACCAGCCUCUCCAGAUCUCCAUCUCGCUCGCUCCCUUUUCUCACCCGCUCACUCUCACACCCUGAAAAGAAUCUCCACGAUCCAGCCUCCUUCACCUCUACCGCUCUCCCCUUCUCUGCAACCUCCAUACCUUCACAGAUCCAGCCCCCAUCCUCUUCCUCCAUCAUCAAGCACCACCACUAGAGCCAUUGCCUCUCGCAUAGACCCACAAUAGUAAACUCGCAACCAACUCCCUCACCUCCAUUCCCUUUCUCUCUAUAACAACCAUCUCACAACUCUCCCUCUCUGGUUCGCGGUCUCUCCCAACAGCUCCCCCUCUCCUCUCUUGGGUCCCCUUCGCAAGCCCCAGCCACCAUCCUCAACACCACCACCUGCCAUACCUCCCUGCAAAUCUAGCCACCAACCUCCCUCUCUUCACCACCUCUCGGCUACUCUCCCCCUAGCCAAGCCACACCAUAUCCCACCUACAAGCACCAGCCUUGAAAACACACCUCACCACCUCUCGGUUACUCUCCCCCCAGCCAAGCCACACCAGAUCCCACUUGCAAGCACCAACUGUGAAGAACACCUCACCACCUCUCGGCCACUAGCCUGCUGCAACCCCAACUCUCCACAGAAUCACCGAGCACUUCCACAACAACCAUCCAACUCCCUCUCAAACUCCAGCAACCCGAGCCACCACCACUGGCAUCACCAACUACCACGGCUCCGCCCCCUGUUCCGAGCAUCAACAACUCCGGGUGAUUCUGUUUCUUGUCCGUUAUUCAUGUUGUUUGUUCACACAAAUUUCCCAGAAAUAUAUGAGGUGUUGAUGUUGGGUUGUUGUGCAUUUCCAGAGUUUUAUUUUUGAUUAAGGAUGAAGGGUCUCCUCCGAUCUGUUUCUGCAAUGUAUGAACUCAUCAUGUGGGAAUUAAUCCAAUGGGUGCAAGCUGUUUGAUGAAAUGCUUGCGUGAGAUGUUUAGUUGUGGAGCUUUAGCUUGGCACCAUUUACACACACUAUACACCUACAUACACACGCUUGGACACCUAUACACACACAUUGUUUGAACACUUCCACAUACAUUGCUAACAUGCAUUUACACACACACUACACAUGCUUUCAUACACCUGUGCACAAGAUUCAUACACCACUCUCAUUGGGUUAUGUUGGCAUGGCUGUGAGGUGUUUGUGAAAACGCCAAAGUGAAGACACACACUGUUCACACACCGUUACGCACACCGUUCACACACCACUACACAUUCCAUUCACACACAUUAACACACACUGUUCACACACUUUUUCACACACCCUCACAUGCUAAUUUACUAACUUUAACUAACAUUUUAUUUUUCUUUGCUUGCAUUCAUGCUAACCCUGACUCAUGCAUUUACUAACUCAUGCUAACAUUUAAUUUCCUACACUCUAACAUUUAAAUUCUUGUAUACUAACUUUUAAAUUCCUGUAUACUAACAUUUAAAUUUCUGUAUACUAACAUUUAAAUUCCAGUAUACUAACUUUUAAAUUCCUGUAUACUAACAUUUAAUUUCUUGUAUACUAACCUUUAAUUUCUUGUAUACUAAUAGUUAAUUUCUUGUACUCCAAUGUGCACACUAACACUUGUAUUUUAUUUCAUUUACACACACUUUGCACAUGUCCUUUACACACAUUUUUUGCACACACAUUUGGCACAUGUUAUUUACACACAUUUAUGCACACACAUUUUGCACUUGUUAUUUACACACAUUUAUGCACACACAUUUUGCGCACGUUGUUUACACACGUUUGUGCAGACACAUGUUACACGUGUCGUAUACGUGCACACCUUCAUAUGCACCCACACACACGCAUGCAUGCAUAUGUAUACACUCACCUGCAUAUGCAUACCCAUGCAUGCAUGCAUUCACAUACACCCAUGUCCAUAUGCACGCAUACACACGCAAGCAAUUUCACAGUCACACCCAUUCAUAUACGCUCACAUGCACACGUAUACACAUGCAUGCAUUCAUUCACAUACAUAUACAUUCACGGGCUCAUUCAUGUACACACAUGUCAUUUCACACACACCAUGCAUAUACAUGCCCAUUUGUGUCUUACAUGCAUACACAUAUUCAUGCAUCAGUGUCGUCGAUCGCAUGCAAGCAUGUGCAUGCUCAUACCCAUCCAUGCACACAUACACUUGGGCAUUCCGACACCACCCAUGGCAUCAUUAUUUGGGUUAUUGUCCAUCCAUGCGUGCACGCACACUCAUACACGUGCACUUCAUUCAUGCAUGUAGGCACGUGCGCAUGCUCAUUCUUGCACGUACUCAUUCUUACACGCGCACAUCCUUGCAUGCACACACAUUCAUGCACGUGCUCGUUCAUGCUUGCACGAACAUUCGUGCACAUGCUCAUUCAUGCAUGCAUGCGCAUCCAUGCGCGUGCUCAUCCAUGUGUACACAUGGUCAUGCAUUCAUGCUCACACACAUCUCAUGCAUCACUUGCACAACCUAACAUGCACCUGAACACAUACAACCCACACGUAAGGAAACACGUGUUGAUAUGGUCUCGACCAAGACCUUAAACUGGUUUUCCUCCAAAUUGGUCGACAUUUAACCGGUUCACCACUCCUAGGACCGGUUUACCCUGGUUUUCUCCAUUUUGCUUGUAUACUAUUAUUAUAUCCAGAAAAUUUACAAAAAAAAUCACAAAGUUCUCAAAAAUUCCAAAAUAUUUUCAUACCUUGAUUUCCAUGAUUUUUAUUUUGUGUUAUUUCGAAGUUUGGGAAAAAUCAGAAAAAAAAUGUAUUUCACACUUAGGAAAAAUCACAAAAAAAAAAAAAAAAGAAGAAGCAUUUUUAGGCACAGGAAAUCAUUUUCAUCCCAAACAAACUUCAAAAACCUCAUGGAGUAGUAUUUUCUUACUUAGAAAAACCUAUAGAUUUCAAAACCCCUGAGAGUGUAUUUUGUAUCCUAUUUUUGAUUUUCUUUCCUGAUGAUUGCAACCAAGGGCAUUGACUCUUCCGAGUAUUGGAUUGCCCCGGUUCUGAGGGAAUACUUAUAUAGUAUUUUCAUUUUUUUGAUUUUUGAAAGGGAGCAAUUUCGACAGGCUUAUUAAAUUUAUGCUAGGGAUAAUUUUUGAUUAAUUUGGUACCGUUUGUAAGAACGGACGCGUAAGGGGUGCUAAUACCUUCUUCUCAUGUAACCAUACUCCUGAGCCCGACUCUGGUUGCGCAGACCGAUUCUACCCCUAACGGGGUAGUAAUCAAGUGUUCUAACCAUACUCCAAAAGGUUAGUGGUGACUUCAUACACCAUGUUUUCCACGAAAAAUCACAUUUUCAAAUUCACACAUCCAUUUUUCCUAGUUCGCAGCCGUACCCCCACACAUUUGUGCCAAGAGAGAGUGGUUCUUUCCCUAGGUUCGGGUCUAGGACGUUGCGAUAGUUUAGCGACUCCGCUGGGGACACUUGAGAGUUGAGCUAGUGAUUAGUUGAAGAUUAUCCCGAAAUUCAAAUUUGAUAAGCCUUUGAGAAUACUCCCUUUCGGUUUUUGGAUGACUUGGUUGCAUAUAUCUGGAUAAUUUUGUGUAUCAAAUUAAUCGUAAAUGCUUUGCUUGCUCUGGUACUUGAAUAAGCAUGUGAUUUUUACUGAUUUCUUUAGCUAAGCAUGUGAUUAGUUGUGAAUAUCUUGAAUAAGUAUGAUGCUUUGUUUCCUUUGCUAAUUUGUUAAGCAUGUGUUUAAUUGUGAAUUCUGUGUUCAAAUAAGCAUGCUAAAAAAUGUGGGGAUAGUGGGAUUAGGUCGAGCUUGUAAGUUCACACACUUUCACGAGCCUUCUACCUGGGUUUUACCCUUUAGGAAUAAAAAGGAGCAUAGUACCGUUAGCCCUCAUGGGACAUAGUCGUUGGUGGCGCGUGAACCACUCUGCUCAGUUUGAACUUUGUCUGGACCUCUAUGAGAGAGGAUAGAGUUUCAAGCUGGGGACUUGUUGUUAAUAGGGAUCAGAGCCUACCGACACAUAUUUAUCCAAAAUCCCCCGCUUAGGAUAGAGCCUCAGAGAACCCCGUGUAUAUACCUACCCCGGGGCUGGGACAGAGGCCACAUCCUUCUCCACAUGUUGUAAUCUAUGUCUGUUGUAUAUAUGUCUUGAAAUGCCUUGUGUUGUGUUGUGCAUUAUGCAUUCAUGUUAGGCAUCCAUACCACUUGGCCAAUAUUUUGAAAAAGUCCGAUAGUGAGACCACGACCCAUUUUUCAUGAAAAUAAAACACCUGAUUCAGGCAUUUUUGUUCAAAAAUGGGUUGGUCAGAUUCUUUUCAAAUAACGCGGGGCCAACCUUUUCCUAAAAGUGCAAACAACCCAGCCAGGCCCAAUUUUCAAAACCCUAAAUCUAGAUUUUAAAAUAUGGGCCUCGGUCCUAUUGCCUAAGAGCCUAGGUCAACAUUUUUUCCAAGCCUACCUCUUUUUAAGCAAAUCGGGCCUGACUCCUUUUAAAUAAACCCGGGUACCCUGGUCUUCACUAGGUGAGUGAAUGAUUGAGUAGAGAAUUGAAUACUUGAGAGAUAAAGUCAGCCUUUUUAGGGUCAUUAGAGGAAAGUAAAUCUCCGUUGAGGGUCGUUUCAAUUUUGAAGCCUUUCAUUAGUUGAAAAAGCUUUUUCAGAAUUUUGGCAAAGUGGCUAUUUAGGUUGCAUUACAUUCAUGCAUCAUUCCACGCAUAGCCAUGUAUAAUAGACUCAUUAUUGUGUUGCCAAAACUUUAAGAUAGCCCAAAUUUAAUUCGUGAUAGGUCCCAUGGCAAUGUGCAAAGAAGGGGAGAUUGCGGUCCAGACUUAUUCUGAAGCGCAGCAAAACAGCCAUGGGGAUAGUUUGAAUCAUAGCUCAGAAGGGGAAUUGCCAGCUCGGGGCAAACUGGAUGUUAGAACCAAUGCCCUGAAGGAGAUAAGGAAAAUCUAGAUUGAUUGGACAGUUGAGAGACGACUGCGUUUCUCUAAGUUGUAUGGUCACAUAGGCUUCCUACUACAUAUAACUGUUAAUCAUGAUGUAGUGAAUGUCCUAACAGAGUUUUGGAACCCUCUUUAUCAUUGCUUCACCAUGGAGGGGGUAAACAUGGCCCCUACCAUAGAAGAAUAUGUGUCUCUGCUGAACUUGCCAAAGAACUACAAAGCCUAUGUGCCUAAUCCCACCACCUUAUUCAGAAAGGAGCUAAGUAGGGUAAUUGGUGUUAAGGCUCAAAGAGUGAAUGACAAAGUCGGCAAGGACGUGAAAGCCAUCUCCUGGGAAGUAUUGAAAGCUCUGGUAAAACCAGAAGAAUCAGAAGAAAGUCAUAUGAGCAUACUGGCCCUCGCCAUCUAUGGGUUGUUGAUCUUCCCAAAAGAAAUAGGGGUCAUCGAUCAGGGAGUCGUCUCUUUUGCAGCCUAAGUUCAGAAAUUAGUCAAUCCAGUGCCAGGCAUCUUAGCAGAAACAAUCCGGUCUUUGGAUUAUUGCCGAUCUAAAGGGAAGGGCCAAUUGAAGUGUUGUGUUCCAUUACUCUAUGUAUGGUUCAUGAGUCAUGUGCCGUGCAAGGAGAACCAUUUUGUAUUUGCACUAUGCAGAGAAAUUGAAUAAUAUUUUUCUUCAUUUCAUUUUGUUUUUGUUUUAUUUUUUGCUGUUUCAUCAAUCCCAAACACCGAUGCCGACAAGUGCGCAACAAUGCGGUUGAAAUAUUCUUGAAAUUCCCAACCUCCACCGCCCUGUGCAAGAACACGUCAGCCACUAUAACAUCGCCGGUGGCUCCAACUUCGUCAUGAAGGCCUCAAUGAAGCUCUCAGACUAGGAAAGUUUUUUGAAAGAUUUCAAAUUUCCAAUAGGAGGUUCAAUUUUGAAAACUAAAUUCCCAAAGCAAAAUAAGAUGUCUAGCAGCCAUUAAAAUCCCAAGGUAAAAGAAAAUCUCAGGAAGCCACCAAAUUUGUUUUCCGUUGCUUGUAUUCCAUGUGCUUUGUUUUGAGCUUCAUUUUCAGAAAAUCCCCCGCAAUCACAUAACUUCCAAUGCAAAGGAAAACCUCCGCAACCACCAAAUUCAAUGGGUAGUAGGCAACAUAAAUAACAUUUAUUGAACUAAACAUUUCAACAAACAUGUAGUAGGCAACAUAUAUUAAGACUUUCAAUGGAUUUUUUCUUUCUUAUGAUUUCGUACUCAAAAUGGCGAAAUAAAAUUGAAACAAGAGGGGAAAAGAUGAGGACAGACCCGAGCAAGCUUCUCAUGGGGGAAAAAAAAGAAAAAAUUAACGACUUGCCUAACCUGACUUGCAAGAAAAAUUUUGAAAAUAAAUUUGAGUAGUUCAAUGUUUUUCAUCUACACAUAAACUUGGAAACAGACAUAGAUGAGGAGUACCAAUGGGUCGACUGCCUCUUUGGAUUGGAGAUUGAGCUGCGCUACCACCUCCGCCAAACAUGCGGUUAAGCUCCAUACCCAAGGUUUAGCCGUUGGAGUUGGACCGCGGCGCCGAGAUUGUCGGCUUCGUUGAGGUCUUCAUGAUGAAGAUGGAGCUGCCGACGACGUUAUAGCGGCUGAGGUGUUCUUGCACAUAGUGGUGGAGGUUGGGAAUUGCAUGAAUAUUUCGAUUGCGGUGUUGUGCACUUGUCGACGUCGGUGUUUGAGAUUAACGACGUUGGCUUCACAUGAUUAUCUUUUCAGCAUGAGCCACGUGUCACGCAUCCAGUAGACCAUCAUAGGGCCACGUUGGAAGGACCGGCGCUGGCUAUAAUUUCCCCAUUGAUACAUGCAGCACACUGGUCUAACUUCGGUUAUAUUAUUCACCAAUCAUCUACUUCCAUUAUAUAUGCUAGUGAUUGGACAAACUCGAUCAUGGACGGUGAGGCCUAAGAUGACACGCUCAGUCUUCAUCAAAAUAAUGCUGAUCGGCCUUCUGGAGCCUGUUUUGUACAAUAACUUGAACUAUGUGGGGAUGAUGUACACAUCUGCAUCAUUUGCAGCUGCCAUGUCCAACACUCUUCCUGCCAUAGCCUUUCUAUUGGCUUGCAUCUUUAGGUUUGAGAUGGUGAAAAUUAAGGAUGUCAGAAGCCAAGCUAAGGUCAUUGGAACUUUAGCAACAGUUGCUGGAGCCAUGGUGUUGUCACUGGUGAAGGGUCCAAUUAUUGAGUUGAUUUGGGAAAAAGGGAGAAGAAAUUAUGACAUAAGCGAAGAGGGUGCAACAAGUGCUAGAAAUACAAUUAAGGGUUCCCUGUUGAUAAUAAUUGGAUGCUUCAGCUGGGCUAGUUCCAUCAUUGUGCAGGCAAUCACAUUAAGAACAUACCCUGCUGAGCUCUCCCUCACUGCAUGGAUAUGCUUGGCUAGCACUGUCGAGGGAGCUGCACUGGCACUCAUUAUGGAAAGAGGAAAAGCGACCGUGUGGUCUCUCCACUGGGAUGUUAAAUUACUGGCUGUUCUAUACAAUGGCAUGGUAGGCAUAGGGGUUGCUUAUUACAUACAAGGAUUGAUAGUGAAAGCCAGGGGACCUGUUUUUGUGACUGCUUUUAGUCCUCUCAGCCUGGUCUUUGUUGCCAUUUUGGCCUCCUUCAUUUUGAACGAACAUUUGUACCUUGGAAGAAUCAUUGGUGCCAUCGUCAUCAUCAUCGGCCUAUAUCUCAUCUUGUGGGGUAAAAGCAAGGAUUACGAGUCCUCGUCCCCAUCCACGUCCAACGACCAUCAGACCACAUCUGCUGUGCAACAGGCUGCUGUGAGUGACAACUGCAACCAGACGGCCGGAAUGCCCUAACAGUGGGGUCGUUGGUAGAGGAGAAAAUGUUAAUAUGCUAGCACAAAACCAAGAAAACAGUUGUCAAACAUAUGUAUGUAUAUAAGGGACAAAGCAACCAAAAAAAAAAAAAAGGAAUGAAAUAAAAAGGAAAAGGAGUUAUGGUCUA